CUCAGCUGUUGUGAGUGGGGCGACCGCGGGAAAAUAUUCCACGUAAUACAUCGGCCAGUUCCAGGGAGGGAGGGACUCUGGACUUGCGUGGGAUCAUCGGGAGCACGUUUCACAGAAUACAACGGAAAUAUAUUCGCAAUAAUUCUUCAGAAAUAACCCAAGGCGCGUUGGGUCGGAAUAGAGGAGGUUUCAGUCUAGGACAGUCUUACGAGGGGCAGGAAAAUGGAGUUGGAUGACGGAGUUGUGUACCAGGACGACCCGGUGACAUCGGCGAUUAUGUCGGAGCGCGUCUCGGGCCUGGCCAACUCCAUCUACCUCGAAUUCGAGAGACUCAUCCGCAAAUACGACGAGGACGUGGUGAAAGAGCUCAUGCCGCUGGUCGUGGCGGUACUGGAGAACCUGGACACUGUGUUCGCCGAGAACCAGGAGCACGAAGUGGAGCUCGAGCUCCUCAAGGAGGACAACGAGCAGCUGAUCACUCAGUAUGAACGCGAGAAAGCGCUCAGGAAGCACGCAGAGGAGAGGUUCAUUGAAUUUGAAGAUUCUCAGGAACAGGAGAAAAAAGAUUUGCACAAUCAUCUGGAGAGUUUGGGGUCACAUUCCCAUCAACUGGAGCUGAAGAUCAAGAACUAUGCUGACCAGAUAAGUCGAUUAGAGGAGCGAGAGGCUGAACUCAAGAGAGAAUAUAAUUCCCUUCAUCUGCGGCACACAGAGAUGAUCCAUAACUACAUGGAACAUGUUGAACGCAACAGGCUGCAGCAGACCGGAGGAGAGACCUCUGACACAGGAACAAUGGGCAGAGUUCGAAAAGAGCGUCCCCUGUCUCUGGGAAUCUUUCCCAUGUCAGGUGGAGGCAGUUCACUGACGUCUGAUGCCCAGGGAAGAGUAGAGACUCCUGGGAUGGAGGGGUGGAGAUUCAACCAACUCACUCAUCAACGCUCCAACACUAGCCUCAAGUUGGAGUCGGAGAGCACUCCAAAGAAAAGGGAUGGUAAGGAUAUUCUGGAAGCUUGGGAUGCGCUGGCGAACCACUGCAAGGAUGAGCUCUCUGACCUCAGCCAGGGGGGUUCAAAGUCCAUCACGCCAAUGUCCACCACGGCCUCAGAUCUGGCCCUGGACUCCCAUAGAGAGGAUGGAGAUGGAUUCUGGAAGAACACAGAAGUUCAGGCUGUUCCAGGUACCAGGAACGUCUCCGCGGGUCUGGCUGAUAAUGAAGAGAAGUCAGAUGUUCAGGCUAUUAUUGAGUCCACACCAGAGCUGGACAUGGACCUUAGUGGAUACAAAGGAGCAAGCACUCCGAACCGAGGUAUUGAGAACAUGGCGUUUGACCGGAACACAGACUCUCUGUUUGAAGAGGUGUCGUCAGCGGGCUCGGGUUUGAUUGGAGAUGUGGACGAGGGAGCAGAUCUGUUGGGCAUGAGUCGUGAGGUGGAGAACCUCAUUCAGGAAAAUGUGCAAUUGUUAGAGACAAAAAAUGCCCUGAACGUGGUAAAGAACGAUCUGAUCGCUCGUGUGGAUGAGCUGUCAUGUGAGAAGGAGGUUCUUGAGGGAGAACUGGAUGCCGUUCUGCAGGCCAAAGCCAAACUCGAGGAGAAGAACAAACAGCUGCAGGAAGAACUCAAAAAAGUGAAAGCAGAGUCGGAGGUGGCUAAACAGAAUAAUAAUAAAGAUGAAGAUGAGAGUGAUGUUCCCACAGCGCAAAGGAGAAGGUUCACACGGGUGGAGAUGGCUCGCGUUUUGAUGGAGAGAAACCAGUACAAAGAGAGACUGAUGGAGCUGCAGGAGGCCGUAAGGUGGACCGAGAUGAUCCGAGCUUCAAGGGAAAACUCGGAGGUUGCCGAGAAGAAGAGAUCAAGCAUCAGGCAGUUCUUCAGCCGUCUGUUCAGUUCCUCCAGUUCUUCUACGUCGAGCAACACAGCGAGGACUCUCCCGUCCAACGUCAAGUACAACCCACCCAUCAUCAUGAAAAAGAGCAAUACGUUCUCCCAGUUCCCCAGAGAAAAGUCCAAAGCUUUUGACUUCCUCAAAGAAGACAGGGACUCGAGCGGUUCUCUGUCCCGCCGCGAGCAGAAGCGAGCUCAGUACCAGCAUGUAAAAGCCCACGUGCAAAAGGAAGACGGCAGGGUGACGGCUCACGGCUGGAGUCUCCCGGGCAAAUACAAGGUUGCCAAUGGAGGUCAUGCACUGAACAAAAUUAACUUGCCUGUUCCUGUGUGUCUCAAGCCACUGGAACAAAAAGAUACUUCAAUGAAGCUCUUGUGUGCAGUUGGAGUGAAUCUCUCGGGUGGAUGGCCCAGUGAGGAAAGCUCCGGUGUUAGUGUUGAAAUGUCUGUGGCUGAGACCAGGGCCUCCAAACAGAAGAAAGGAUCUCAGAACAGUCUGGAUCAACUGGAGCAGGAACCAAAGGAUCAGGAGAGGGAACAGACAGUGCAGGUGGAGAUGUCCAGUCGAGUUUGGAUCUGUACGAGCACUCACUCCUCCACUAAAGUGAUGAUCAUGGAUGUGACGCAGCCCUCUGAUCUGCUGGACAGCUUCUAUGUCUGUAACUCAUGUGUGCUGUGUAUCGCCAGUGUACCAGGUGUUUUGGAAACAGACUAUCCUGCAGGGGAAGAGAUUCCUCAGGACCUUGAGGCAGUUCCAGACGGUUUAUUGGCCAGUCACAGCUCACAGGGAAGUGAGGGAGUAUUGAGUGACGUGUCAGUGGUUGGCUGCGGUGCUGAGGAGUCCAGCUCAGGAUCUCAGACUGGCAGCACAGGAGCCAAUGAACAAUCAGCAGAACACAGUCCUGUCAAAGGCAGUGUAAAUCUCUCUAGAGCUCCCAGUGAAGAUGGAGUCCCUGCAGCAGAGGAAGCCAUGGAGGCCACUGAGGAAGACCAUGAGAGCCCGGGACAGGACACCAGUCAGCCAGGAAUCUACACAGAACAUGUGUUCACCGACCCACUGGGAACAGAGUCUUCUGGGGCUUCAACAGGCACUGAUAACCAGAAGGAGUCAGAUCAGGACAGGGAUGAUGCGCCGCAAGGCGGCAAGACAGAUCUGGCGAGAGAGGAGACCCAGCGGAUGAGCAGCACACUCCCUACCAUGUGGAUGGGGGCCCAGAAUGGCUGUUUGUACGUGCACUCAUCCGUUGCUCGGUGGAGAAAGUGUCUCCAUGCUGUCAAGCUGAAGGAUUCCAUCUUAAAUAUUGUACAUGUGAGGGGACGUGUUUUAGUGGCUCUUGCUGAUGGUACACUGGCCAUCUUCCACAGAGGUCUUGACAACCAAUGGGAUUUAACCAACUAUCACCUCCUGGACCUCGGCCGACCGCAUCACUCUAUCCGCUGCAUGACUGUGGUGCAUGAUAAGGUGUGGUGUGGCUACAGGAAUAAGAUCUAUGUGAUCCAGCCAAGAGCCAUGAAAAUAGAGAAGUCUUUUGACGCCCACCCACGUAAGGAGAGCCAGGUGCGUCAGCUGGCCUGGGUAGGUGAUGGUAUCUGGGUCUCCAUCCGUCUAGACUCCACCCUCCGUCUCUUCCACGCUCACACCUUCCAGCAUCUGCAAGACGUUGACAUUGAGCCUUACGUCAGCAAAAUGCUGGGUACGGGAAAACUUGGCUUCUCUUUCGUGAGGAUAACAGCUCUGAUGGUGUCCUGUAACCGGCUGUGGGUGGGAACAGGAAAUGGUGUCAUCAUCUCCAUCCCACUGUCAGACUCAGUAAUGGGACAGAGGACAAUGAGGAACUCCAGAGCAGUAGGUCAGAGUGGAGUUCUAGGUCAGAGGGCAGCUCGUAAGACUGUAGGAGCGAUCGCCUGUCGUCCAGGUGGGGCAGUGAGAGUGUACGGCAAUGAAACCGCAGAUGAUGCGGUGAUGGGGUCGUAUGUACCUUACUGCUCCAUGGCACACGCUCAGCUCUGCUUUCACGGUCAUAGGGACGCUGUAAAAUUUUUUGUUACUGUUCCAGGUCAGGUAAUUGUGCCAGGAGCUGCAGGAUCUGAUGGUGUGAUUGAAAACUCUGAUGCUUCAAAUAGCAAGAACACGCUCAUUAUGAGCGGAGGAGAAGGAUACAUUGACUUCAGAAUCGGUGAUGAGGAUGCUGGUUUGGGGCGAGAUGAGGAUGAGGACUCGGAGGAACCCACUUUGAAACUGCAGUCGGCUCCUGCCAAACCUGAGCGCAGUUAUGUUAUAGUUUGGCAGGUGGCAUUAGGCAGUGAGUGACUGACAAAUCACUGCUGCGGGUUUAACAGAGAACUCGACGUCUAGGUCAGCCCCACAUGGGCUUAUUAUUUUACAAAAUACUUUUCAUCUUAUUAAUACAGAUAUUAUUAUUACAUCACAAUGAGUUCUUCAGUAUUAGUUUAAAGGUAUAUUUAACUGUUUUGUUUUAUAUGAAUUUGGCUUUUAUACUUAAUGGGACUCAGUGAAAAGAAGUCAGUGCUGAAAUGAAGGAACAAAAUGAUGACUUGAAGGACAACACUAAAAGCGCAAGUCCGUCCACAACUGUAUCACAAAUGUCACUUUUUCUGUGUUAAAAAGUCUGGAAAAUUCUGUUCUAACAGUUUACAACUUGGCCAAGUGUGUCACUACUUUGAGGUGAAGUGUGUAAUUUCCAUUCCACUAGCGUCACCAAAUGGAAUUGCAAAGAUAAUGACUUUUUCAAACAGGUUUCCCAAACACUACUCUGUUUGCCAUUGGUCGAUCAAAAAGAAAGUCCCACCCCAAGGUCAUGCCAUUGGUUGAGCCAAUGUUGCUGUUUCAUGCCGGUCAGGAUGCAAAAACAAACAAAACAAAGUCUUUGAAUGGCUUUCAGUUGUCUCUGUAUAUUAAUCUGAGAUAGAAGGAAGUAUUUUUACAUCGUGACAAACACAUCACCUCUUUUUUGCGUCGUCUUAUAUUGAUCAGCGACAGAUGGAGAGAUUUUCUCUGCACUAUGGCAGUGGGAGCAUUGUGUAGUUCUUGUAUACAGAAACUCAGAGAGCUAUUUUUGCUAUCUGUACGGCAUAGAUAUUGUGAGUGGUGUCUCAGCACCUUAAGGCAUGGUGUGUGCAUCUGUAUGCGUGCUCCUAGUGUGAUUUCUCGCCUGCAUUAGUCUUGUAUCAUUCCUAAAAAGAGCCCUGGAGCUCUUUUGUGUAAAAUGUGUUAGAAGCAUAGGGCUUCCCUCAUGCUAGAGCUUGCUGGCACUUUGAAGAACAAACAUAGACAAACUUUAAAAUGAGCUAACUUCUGGAAAGAACAACAUCUGAUAGCAUUUAUUUCAGUUGAGAGGGUCUGCCCUUUUACCAAAGGAUGAAAUGUAGAAAUAACAAAAACUAAACAGCCUAAUUUUUGUAACUCUCAUAUUUUGCAUUGCCAAGGCUUUUUGAUGUUAUGUGAUUCUCUUGAAUGGACACAGAUGGAUGAAAUUUGCAACAAAAAAAGUAAAAAAUAAAAUAAAUGACAGGGAUUGUAUAACAUAUUUGUUUAACUUGUGUCAAAUAUUCUUUUCUUUUUUUUUUUUUUUUUGCGUCAGCACUAAGCAUCUAAUUAAUGUCAGUCUUGUCUAAAGUUUGUUUAAAGCCAGUGUUCCCUUGUCCAUAAUUGAGUGUGUGCAGUAUGUACAGUGGCCCCUAAAAGUAUUUUGACACUUAGGCCACAGAUCAAAAUGCAUGAAUGUCAUUGCAUUAGGUAACAAAAUGUCAAACUAAGUGGCAUCAUGUGGAUGAAUAAAGUCAGAUCCCAUCAAGUUCACACAGGUAAAAAAAGUGUAGUUCAUUACAUUAACUAUGGACAUGUUCCACUAACGUUUGACAACCAGAAAGUGUCCAAAUAUACAGUUUGAAUGGUAUAUCUGUUGUUUUAUACAUUUUAAACUUUAAUCUUGUUAAAAGUGUACCAUAUUCUAUUUACAGUAAAUGCAACUUGGUUUGUUAUCUUAUGCAAAGUCAUUUUUAACUGACCUACAUGUUCGAAUAAUUUUUGGGGCCACUAUAUUCUCAGUUUUCUAAUUCUAAUCAGAGCUUUGUGCUCAUUUUGUAUUUGGUCUGUAAGACACUUUCAUCUGUAUCUUUAUGUCUUGUUGAAACAAAUGCAAUGUUAAUGUUGGAGUUUUUAUGUGUAAAUGGGAAAAACUGUUUGGGCUAUGUUUUUUUCCAAUUUUUUUUUUUUUUUUUUUUUGCUAUUCUGACACAUAAAGGGAAUCUUUAUAUCAUUGUUGCCAUUCCAGUAUUUAUUUUUUGUAAUGAACUUUGCGGUUCAGAAUGUAACUUUUACAUGCUUAUGAACAAGAACAGUAUUGUUUCUUUUAAAUCAGACACUUUUACGAAGCGAUUAUGUGGUGUUUUCAUGUUGAAGGAUUUUGAUUAAUAAUGUUGACAGCAUUAGACAGCAUGUGACAUAUAACCUCUGUUGAUCAUUUGGAAAUCACCACUUAUUGUAUGAAGCUAUGCAUGUUUUUUUUAUUUUAUUUUUUUUAUAUAAAGUACACUGCAGUUUGUUUAUUAAAAUUUCUGUUUAUUGCCACCUUUUUGGGUGGUUGGUUGUAUAUGUGUGUGUGCAUCAAAUUGGGAAAUGUGAAUGGAUUUGUAUGCGUGGGUGUGCGUGUGUUGUCGCUAUUUCCCUUCAGAUUUUACUGGACUUGUUGUGCAUGCCACAGCUUGUCAUUAUUGUGUUUUCUCUUGUAAAAAUUUUGCUAAAACUGCAUCAUAGCAUUAUUUUAAAAAUCUAUUAAACUCAUUUUAAU